AAGGGGCAACCUGGAUUUCCCGGACAGCCAGGAGCUGUUGGACAACCAGGAUCAGUUGGUUUGGCAGGUCCUAUUGGUCAACCUGGUGACAAAGGAUCAAUUGGAUCUGUUGGCUUCACUGGCCAGCCAGGACCAUUAGGACCUGCUGGUCCAGUUGGAGAUACUGGAUUGCCAGGCUUGUCUGGACCAGUCGGAGAUUCUGGUUUUGUCGGUCCUCAAGGACCAACUGGUGCUAAAGGAGAUACCGGUUUUUCUGGUUUAAUGGGUUUUCCAGGACCGCAGGGUCCUAAAGGGCCUCAGGGAAAUGCUGGAAGUCAAGGUUCAAGAGGCGCAACUGGUUUGCCUGGUUUGCCUGGUAUGCAAGGAGAUACUGGUUCCUCCGGACUUACUGGUCAGCCUGGAAGUCCUGGAUUUACUGGUCCUAUUGGGCAACCUGGUCUCAAAGGAGAUGCUGGGCCUGCUGGAUUUCCUGGAUUUGCAGGUUUAUGUUUAUAUAAAACUAAAAAUUUAUUUUACAUAAUAUUCAUUAGUGAAGUUUUUAGGCUGAUAUCUUUGAACCAUAGUUGCAGUUAUCUUAUUGAUUCUAAACGCCGCUUAUGA